AUGAAUCGACCACUUCCGGAGUCUCCCAUCGAUCUUCGUGCACUUGUUCUCUAUGACAAUUAUCAAUGGAAAGCCGCUGGAACAUCUUAUGAAAGUUAUGAGAAAUUGUGUAACAGGAUUGGAGAAAAAGCGAUUUCAUAUGAUGAUUAUGAGUACUGGUUCAAUCAAUAUCACAAGGAAGAGUACCUGGCGAGAAGGGAAAAUGAUGCGAGCAUGUCACUUCGAAACGUGUCACGUCGUCUCCGAGCCAUUGUCGAUAGCUCUAAACCUGCGUUUACUAGUAUAUCUGUCGAAGUUGCAGAUGAUUCCAUUCAAUUCAUGUUGAACGAUAAGGAAUCAUUGGGAUAUGUUGAAGAGGAGGAGUUCGAAACGGAAGACACAAUAAUGAUUCUCAAUUAUCUGAAAUUAAUACUUAACAAUUCGAAACUUCAAUUGGACAUUCUUUACAUUGUCCAUUGGGAAGAGGUGAAGAAGAAGAUGUAUAAAAUACUUCUCAAUCUUCUCAACUCAUUGAAUCUCCAACUCCACGUGAAGCAUUUCUCGUUUCGAACCCCUUAUGCGACCUGUGUACCAGAUGUCGUAAAGCAUUUGAAACCUGGUGUACUGGAGAAAUUGACGUUGGCUAGGCAACUCGGUCAUAUGAAUAUCGAUCAAUUAUAUGGGAUGGAACAGUGGAAACAAGCGAAACACUUGGUCAUCGACAACUUGUUCAUUCCGAUCGAACACUUGUCUCAUUUCACUUCAUUCGAUGUUUCUAUUGAACUGUUUUCUGAUGAAGAAGUUGUCGAAUUGAUCGAUGCAGUUUCUACAUUCAUCAACUUCAAGAGUUGCCGUUUGGAAAUAUUGAAUGCGGAAACAGUCAAAGAUGUGCUGAAUCUUCAACAAACUGAAUCUCCUGAAGUGUUUUCGAUUCCAAAUUCGAAUCUACUUGUUGAAUUCCUACCUUUAAUUACUAUCCAAAUCACUAAAAUCUGA